AUGGCGCCACCUUUGGGAUCCGGUUCGUUCGUCGAAGAGUGGGCCAAAGCGCAGAAGCUUCGAGGCCCCAGCAUGAAGAAUGGCCCUGUCUUUUACAAAAACCUCGAAGAAGAGCUCGAUGCGAACAGGGGACAACAGGCUUGUGCAAUGUUUCAUGUAGCGGAAACCCCUGUUGACUUUUCCUCGUGCGAUGUCGUUUCUCUCGGCUCUUCUGGUGCCGUCAAGGAAAGGUUCAUGGAAGAGCUUGCUGCAAACCCAGACUUUCAGCUGGGAUCUCAUGGGACUCGUCCUCUAAACGGCAACUCCAAGUACCUGGAAAUGGUGGAACGUGAAAUUGCCGAAUUUCACGGGGUAGAGUCGGCUUUGUUCGUCAACUCCGGUGCCCUUGCCAACGAUGCCAUCUUCUCAGCUGUGGCACGCCCUGGAGAUGCUAUCGUCUUUGACGAGCUUGUUCAUGCAAGCACUCACUACGGCAUGAAGAACAGCCUUGCUCUAUGUCAGAAGUCCUUUCGACAUAACAAUAUUGACGACUUCAUCAACACUGUAGUAGCAGUCCGGGACUCUCAGCCUCAGAUCCGGAGUGGAAAGAGAUCUGUCAUCAUCGCUGUAGAAUCGUUCUACAGCAUGGAUGGGGACAUUUGCCCGCUCAAAGAGCUGGUACAGGCGGCCAAGGAGAUCUUCCCUAACGGUAAUGCCCAAUUUGUCGUUGAUGAAGCUCACAGCACGGGCAACAUUGGACCGCUCGGUCGGGGUCUAGUCAACAUGCUGGGUUUGGAAAGCGAGAUUGCAGUUCGAAACCAUACCUUUGGGAAGUCGCUAUGCGGCUCUGGUGGUGAGUCAGGCAUUCGCCUUUCUUUUGCUUCGGCCGCGUACAUGAACAAAGGCGCUAACACUACAGUUCUAGCCGCCAUUUUCUCAAACAACACCGUUCGGGCGAUGCUCAUCAAUCAUGCGCGGCCCAUCCUGUUCUCCACUGCUCCCCCGUUUCUGGUGGUUGCUUCGACUCGAGCUGCAUAUGAACUACUCAAGGCGGGCAAGACGCAGAAGGCCCAGGACAGAAUCCAGCAUCUGGUGAAACUUUUCAUUGAAGAGAUCACCGACAACGACGUCUGGGAAAAGGCCAACGACGCCGGGUACCUUCGAAUCCCCCUGUGUGAAGAGGAAGAUUGGUACUCAGCUUCGGUCGUGAGUCAAAUUUGCCCGGUUAUGACAAAGCCGAAGCACAACCUCUAUCUCGCUUUUCAUCUACAGCUAGAAGGAUUCCAAGUGUACCCUAUCAGCUUCCCUGUCGUCGCCAAGGGUACUGACCGGAUUCGCCUCGUAUUUCAUGCACAUAACACGGACGGGGAGGUGCAGAGGCUCGCUGCGUCAAUCUGCAACUGGGCCAAGGAGACGAUGGAAGCUGAGGCCUACAACCGACGCGUAAAACCAGGCGGCCAGCUCCAAGUAUGCGCGGCGGCGCGUCAUGCGCGUAGCCUGGUGGCGAAAGAGGAGAUGAAUUCAUCAGAAUAA